GACUUAAAAGCGGAAGCGGUUCGUCGUUGGUUGUAGCAACAUGGCGUCACCAUGUAGCGCAUGUGAACGUAAACAAGUGGCUUUAUAAAUCAGACAUACUUCUAGAUUAUUUAGAGCCCAUCCUGUUUCAGAGGUGCGAUGGCCCUCGGGACGUGCGGUCGGUUCUUCCGGAGCUGCUCUGUUCUCUCCGCGCGGGCCCUCGUCUGUGCUCGGCAGGAAAGUGCGUCAUGUUUGCUGACAGCGGGAAAUGGUGGCUGCAGCCAAAGAGGGAGAGUUGGAUGCAUCUUCACUCCUGCCUGUUUGAUCACAUCCGAGGCCUUCGUCAGCAGGCUGAGGAGAGGUAAGGCGGCAGACGGCAGCGUUUACCGUCUUCCUGCCUCGGUUCCAGCAGACAGAGGGGAGCAGUUAUCUUUGUUGAUGAGACACCCCGAUCAGCCUCAUGACCCAAAGGUUUUAAAGGUGGCUGUGAUCGGAGCUCCGAAUGCUGGCAAGUCCACGCUGUCCAACCAGCUCCUUGGCAGAAAGGUGUUUGCUGUGUCCAAGAAGGUGCACACCACACGGGCGCGAGCCCUGGGCGUCCUGACGGAGGACGACACGCAGAUUAUUCUGCUGGACACUCCUGGUCUCACCACUCCAUCAAAGGCCAAAAGACACCAGCUGGAGAAGACUUUGCUCGUGGAUCCGUGGGACACCGUCAAGGAAGCUGACCUGAUGGUCGUCAUGGUGGAUGCGGGAGACAGAUGGAUGUGCAGCAGGCUGGACUUGGAGGUGCUGAAAUGCUUGGCCCAGCACCCACAAAUCCCAGCAAUCCUCGUCCUGAACAAGGUGGACCUGGUGAAAGCCAAGGACAGACUGUUGGAUAUCACGGCCCAUCUGACCUGCGGGGUGGUCAACGGACGCAGACUGCGCAUCAGGCCGGUGAUCAAACCUCCGUGGGCAGAAAAAAAGCCGGAGAGAGAUUUGGAGUCUAGUCCUGAAGACAACGAAGAGCAGAGUUCAUCUCUGAGCAAAGAGAAGCUGAAGGAGCUGAGGACCCAGCAGGGCUGGCCCCGCUUCAAGGACGUGUUCAUGCUGUCGUCGGUGGACGGAGAGGACGUGGAGACGCUGAAGAAGUACUUCAUGGCUGCAGCCAAGCCUGGAGCGUGGCAGUACCACAGCGAGGUUCUGACCGACCAGAGUCCAGAGGAAGUCUGUACCAACCUCAUCAGAGAAAAGCUGCUGGAGUAUCUGCCACAGGAAGUGCCCUACUCACUCACACAGACGAUUGAACUCUGGCAAGAAGGGACGGACGGGGAGGUGGAUAUUUCUGUGAAACUUUACACAAAGAAAGAGACUCACAUGAAGAUGGUGAUCGGAGCUGCAGGACAGAUGGUGGCACAGAUUGCCCGGGAGGCCGGCGAGGACUUGAGCCGCGUCUUCCUGAGGGAGGUGCGGUUAAAGCUCACCGCCAAGCUGAGAAAGUGACAGAGAUGGAGGACUUUUACAGGAAGAAACCAACACAAUAAAGGCUUCGUCUUCAAGCAGAGACUCUCUGGGCAUGAAGGAGUCUUCUCUUUGUCCGUCAAAGCUUCCAUCACGUUGAAGGUGCUGCAGAUGAGCCCAAGUCAGAUCUGCACAGUCAUGCCGAUGGAAACCUCCCUCCCAUAUAACCUCGGCCUUUAAACACAAGGCCAUCCACCCCUGCAAAUAGCCAUUUUUUUGUCCUGUGUUGCUUCUCUUCCCUCCUCUACAGGGAAUCUGCCCCCGCGGCUGAACCUCGUCUCUAAGCUGAUGUUCUAUCCAGAAAUGUCCUGUACUGAAGUGAAGUGGGAGGGGAGUCCUCUGAAAAAGCGGCCUCAGCGCCUAACGGCUGCUCCCCUCUGAUUAGACGAGCAGAGGCGCCCGCUCAAGACCCUAUUUUAAAUAAUGCGGCACACACGUGAGAGUCCAGAAACUUUAUUUAAAAACACAAAAACACACAUUUUAGUGACUUCUUCCUGCUGGUUCCGAUGCCUUUGAGCAAAGGCCGUGGAACCCUUACCAUUACUAAACUCAGUAAUGGUAACGGUUUGACGGCCCCGCUCUGUGUUGGUCCAGCGGAGGCGGUUUGACUCAGCAGAGGUGGAAUGAAACCCUGGAUAGUACAUCAUCUAUACUGUAGUGUCUCUUUAUUAAACUUACAGUAUAAGAUGAUAUCCUGUCCAGGGCUCAAGAUGGAGCCGUGAGGCGGCACCCGAAACGCCUUCAGCUGGUCGGUGUCGUCGAAGGGGGGGGUCUCGCUGGACCUGUGGCUCCCCUCUGCACGCUCCAGCUCGCGCUCCUCGAAGGCGUCUGCUCCAGGUCUCCUAUCUGCCACACUUUAAAGCCCCCCUUGGGUUCAUUUGCAUACGUGAUGACAUCUGUGCCGGAGCAGACAGGACUUCUUAUCUGCUCGCACCCAGAUUGCUUCAGUCCAGAGUUGGCCUACGCCCUUUGCUACACCCAGAGGUGGCAGUAACCUCGCUGCCACCUCCUUCUGACUAAAAUGUCCGUCCUGUUUUCCGUUUAUGUUGGUCUGUGUCUCUCACGUCUUCAUGUUUUGUGUAAGUCAAAUUAAAGCCUUUCAAUAACUCACUGGA